GUGCAAACAGUUUGGACAGAUGAGAAGCACAGAUCAUAUCUUGAUUCUUUAGAAGCAUCUUUUGUCCAAGAGUUGCAUCAAUAUAGGCACUUGCGUGCUUCGACCUCGAAACAGAAAACACGUAGGAAGCAGAUCACGCCUAAUAUAUCUUCUUCAGAGGUGAGGCAAUACAGCCACAGCAAGAGUGGGAGAAAACAAUGUAAUCUGGAAGCACCUGAUCUCCUUGAAGAAUGUGGAAGUUAUAGUGAUAGGAGACACUUAAGGUACAUGGCAAAUCCCUGUGGAUUUGCAAGAAGUUCACAGCAGAUCUCUACACGCAGUGGUGAUUCUGUUGCAAUUCUUACAGAAGUUUCAGAUCAAAACUUUGUGGAUAAUCAUCCAGGAGAGUUGUCUGGUGGCAUAUCUAAUGCAAAAAGGUUAAAGAGAGCUACUACUGAUUCUUCGAGCAACAACCAAGUAAAACUACUCUUUGGAAAACUAACCAUUGCAUCUUACGAAUUAUCCGAGACUGAAUUUACUGCCAUUUGAUAUCUUAGGUUGUACCAUAUAAGAGAUUAUCAUCGGAAAGAUAAGAGCCAAAUGUCUGUCUUCACAACACCCUCAGAACUCUGUGCCUCCAACUUCAGACUUGUGGUACUAUAUAAGAAGGAGUUGACAACAUCCGUUCCAACACGUGAAAACAUUGGCUUUUCAUGCUAGCAACCAAAUGCGACACGACACGGUUUUGUUUUACGUUCAAAGAGCAUUGUAAAGAAACUGAAUAAGUAAUCAUUGGAGGUCAAGCACGUCAGGAACUGGUGCUUUCCAAGUUUAGAGAGUGGCUUGUGGAAAGGAUUUGACAGCAACAAUUCUUGACCAGAAGAUCCGCGGCAGGAAGGAGAAAAUAUGUUUGUGUAUGGUACAAACUAAACUUUUUUCCCAGUUCAAGUAUCUAUUGAGUGAAAUAUAUGCCAACCUUUUCUUCUUUUCUCA